AUGUCACACCAACAAGAUGAAGAAGAAGAUAUUUGGGGCAAUAUCUUGCGAGAGUCUGCCAACAAGACAAACUACUUUGAAACAAAGAAUGUUGUUAUGAUGGGAGAUAGAACUUCAGGAUCAUCAUCAUUACUUUCAAAGUUUCAACCAAUAUCGGAUGUAGAAAAAGCAAAAGGAAUUGCAUUGAGUUAUACGUUUACAGAUGUAUUUGAAGAUGAUAGUAGCGAAGAUCCUAUUGCUCGAACCAACUUUUGGACAUUGGAAGGUGAGACUGAACACAAUGAACUUCUCAAAUUUGCACUAAAUAGCGAUAAUAUUGCCAACUCUAUGGUUGUCAUUACAUUGGACUUUUCACAACCAUGGAAUAUUGUCGAUUCACUCAAACGAUGGUUACACAUCUUGGAGGAACACAUCAAAACCAUUGCCACAUCAUCAAACAACAAAGGUCUCUUUGGAUCACUCCAAGAUAAACUUUUGAUUAAAUGGCAUGAUUAUGUUGAACCAUCACAAUCUUUAACCGCUGCUGCUGCUAAUACUACCAACAACAAUAAUAAUAAUCCAUUACUUUCAAAUGCUCAAAAGAAAAAGAAAAGAAAAAUCAACUCUACCAUUGAAGAUACAAGUGUAUUACCACCAUUGGGAGAAAAUAUUUUAACAAAGAAUCUUGGCGUACCAAUUUUGGUUGUUUGUUGCAAGAGUGAUUCAGUUGUCAUGUUGGAAAAGGACUUUUCUUUCAAAGAUGAUUUAUUCGAUUAUAUUCAACAAUAUCUUAGAAGAAUAUGUUUACAAUAUGGAGCAGGAUUAAUUUAUACAUCAGCAAGAAAAGAGAUUAAUUGCGAUGUUGCUUUGGAAUAUAUUGAAAAUAUUUUAUUUGGAUUUGAAUUAAAGAGUAGAACACAACUUUUGGAAAAGGACCAAAUAUUCGUGCCAUCUGGUUGGGACACUCUUGCCAAGAUCACACUCGAUUUCGACAAUCAAAAAGUUUGUCGUGACGUUGAAGAGUUGUAUGAAAAUGUUGUAAAAAAGCCAAGUAUUAUAAAAAGAAGAGAAAUGAAUCAAGCAUCAGCAGUAUUGGCAGAAGAUGAUCAAGAAUUUUUAAACAAAAUUAAGAAUUCAUUGGAUCAAGAAUCACCAAUGCAAAGUAAAUCAAGUAAUCCAGCUGGAGCAGGAUCAGAUGGCAAUACACCAGAGACACCAAAGGUGGUUGAAACAUCAUCGCCACCCAAUUUGCGUUCGAGUACCACUAGCACAUCAUCGUCGUCGACAUCGUCACCAUCGACUGCUGCCACUGGAGCAGCUCCAAGUGCCGAAAAGGCAGUUCUCGCCAAUUUCUUUACAAGUCUCAUGUCCAAGGACAAGUUAACCAACAGAAGCGCAUCCAAGGAUUUAAAGGCCUCUCUCACCAGUCCACCAACAUCAAACGUUCGAGCAGACGCCCAAAAAGAAUUGGAAAAAAUUAAACAAAACAAAAAGUAA